AUGGAUCGCGCGGCGGCGGUCGCGUCGUCCGCGAGGGGCGUCGGCGCGUCCGCGCGCGCGGCGUCGCCGUCGCGUCCUCCUCCUCCUCCGCGCGACGUCGCCGUCAUGAGCGGCGGCGGCGGGAAGCUGCGCGUGCUCGCGCUGCACUCGUGGCGAACGUCCGCGUCCAUCUUCGCGAAGCAGCUCGCGGUGGCCGGGUGGACGAACGACGACGGCACCGGGCUCGGCGACCAGUGCGAGUUCGUGUGCGUCGACGCGCCGCACCCCGCGUCCGGCGAGAUCCCGCGCGACGUCGCGCGCGCGUUCGAGGGGCCGUACUACGAGUGGUGGGACGCGAGCCGGGACGACCGAGACGGUUCGCUGCGCUACGUCGGCGACGACGCGAGCGUGGCUUUCGUCGAGCGCGUCGCGCGCGAGGACGGGCCGUUCGACGGCGUCGUCGGGUUCUCCCAGGGCGCGACGUUCGCGGGCCUGCUCGCCGCGAUCGGCGCGGUGGACGGGCGAGGGCCGUUCGCGGCGGUUUCGGCGGAGGCGCCGCCCGUCUUCGCGAUCCUUCUCUCCGGGAUGCUCGCGAGGACCUCCGAAGCCGCCGCGACGUACGCCGAGGCGAAGGACUCGCCGCGCCACGCGUCCAUCCCAACGAUGCACGUGAUCGGCGCCGCGGACCGGGUGAUGCCCCCCGCGCUGAGCGAGCGUCUCGCGAGCGAAUUCGCGGACCCGGUGAUCGUGACGCACGAGCGAGGGCACGUCGUGCCGAGGUUGGAACGCGACGCGUUGGCGACGGCGCGGAAUUUUUUGGCGGCGAGAGCGGCGGCGGCGCGGGAGGCGCGGGAUGGGUCCCCGCGGUCGUCGCUGUGA